AUGUCUGCAAUCGAAUUAGUUACAAAAGCAACCGAAGAAGACAAAAAGAAAAAUUACCAGGAAGCAUUGCGUUUGUAUGAACAUGGAAUAGACUAUUUUCUUCACGCCAUCAAGUAUGAAGCACAAAGCGAUAAACAGAAAGAAACAAUUCGACAGCGUUGCUCAUCGUAUUUGGAUAGGGCGGAAAAAGUCAAGGAAUACCUGAAGUCAGGUGCCAAUAAGAAAAAAGCGGUUAAAGAUGAUGGCUCGGAUUCAGAUUCUGAAAAAGAUCCUGAAAAUAAAAAGCUCCAAGAAAGGUUAUCGGGUGCAAUUGUAAUGGAGAAGCCCAAUGUAAAGUGGGAAGAUAUCGCUGGGCUUGAAGGAGCAAAAGAAGCACUAAAGGAAGCAGUUAUAUUGCCAAUCAAGUUUCCCCAGUUGUUCACUGGAAAUCGAAAACCAUGGCGAGGAAUUCUGCUUUUCGGUCCGCCUGGCACUGGAAAAUCAUAUAUUGCAAAAGCAGUAGCGACCGAGGCAAAUAAUUCUACAUUUUUCUCAGUUUCUUCAUCUGAUUUAAUGUCGAAAUGGCUUGGAGAAUCAGAAAGAUUGGUGAAACAGUUAUUCGAAAUGGCUCGAGAACAUCGGCCAUCGAUCAUUUUUAUCGAUGAAAUCGAUUCGCUUUGUUCAUCACGUUCGGAUACUGAAAGUGAAUCUGCACGGCGUAUAAAAACAGAAUUUCUUGUUCAAAUGCAAGGUGUAGGAAAUGAUUGCGAAGGUAUCCUCGUACUUGGGGCCACAAAUAUUCCUUGGGUGCUUGAUGCAGCCAUUCGUCGCCGUUUUGAAAAACGAAUAUAUAUUCCUCUUCCCGAAGCAAAUGCACGUAAGGAUAUGUUCAAGCUGCAUAUUGGAAAAAAUACCAAUCAUUCAUUGACUGAACAAGAUUUUAAGACAUUGGCUGAAAAAACCGAAGGAUUUUCUGGUUAUGAUAUAUCCAUAGUUGUUCGAGAAGCCUUAAUGCAACCAGUGCGGAAGGUGCAGACAGCUACGCAUUUUAAAUACAUAUCAGGUCCAUCUCGCAGUGAUGCUUCGAUCAUUGUUCAU